AAACCAGGUUGUGGAGUGAACCCUGCACACAAUUCAAUAUCCUAAUUUCAGGGUCUAAACAUUCAGAGUAAUAAGAGUGUAUUAAAACACUUUAAAAUGCAGCUUGGAGGGAGAUCUCAUCAGCACCUGUGACCGGACGUACAGAUUCCCACUCGCACAUUUCUCAGGUUCAAACGUCAGGGUUAAUAAUCUGCUACGGUUCCAAGGACACAUUAGAAACUCAGCUUUUACACUGAAUAAACCAGUCAGUGGAUACACUCUAUAUAGAUUUAUAAUGUUAGGGAAGGGUAUUGAAUUUGUCUAUUUGUUUCUGAUAUUAGGAUGGAAUUGUGGGAAAGCGAAAAAGGAUCUGCAGUCUGAAGUGAGUGACCAGGAGCUGUUCUGGGGAGCGGACCAGUAUGACUUUGCCAUUGUGCUGCCUGCCUCAGACGCGGAGUGCUUCUGGCAUUUUUCACACCAUGGCGAAUACUUUUAUCUCAAUUUCAUGGUUCAGUGGGUGACAGGUGUGGGUGCUAACAGACAUCUGUCAGUCACUGUGAACGCUCCAAGUGGCCUUAUUGUGGGCACAGCAGAUGAUGUCACUGGGGAGAUUGCCUUCAAUGCUAAAGAGACUGGCUUUUAUCAGAUGUGCUUUAGCAACUUCCACAACCGUUUUGGCAGCAUGCAGGUCUUCAUGAACUUUGGUGUGUACUAUCAGGAUUCAGGGGAUUCCAACGAAGACGAAAAUAUGAAACAACUGAAUAGCACACUUGACACUAUUGAUGACAGCUCCAAUAAGCUCCAGUCGUCUGUGUUCCACAUGUGGCGCUACUAUGCUGUCGGGCGCAUGAGAAAAGCAGCUGAUUACUACCUGCUGCUAUCCAACUUAAACUAUGUCAGCACUUGGUCGACUGUGCUCAGCCUCGUCAUUAUCCUGGCUGGAUACCUGCAGCUCUACUUCCUUAAAAGGCUUUUCAACACCAAGCAGACCACAGAGACCGAAAAACCACGCUGUUGAUCUGCUCUUUACAAAUAAUGUCUGAAGACAUAAAAGACAUGAUUAGGCUUAUGAAAAGAAAUGUUUUUUCCUACUGUACCUCUUCCUGUGCUUUUCUAUCAGUGUCAAUAGUGAAUAAAGCUCUCUAGUGCUCUCUAGU